AGCUCUGCCAUUAUUCCACAAGGCCAGGAGACUCUCUGCUUUCUGACACGCUCCAACAGGCUAUGCAUAUAACCCAGCUGAAUCGGGAAUGCCUUUUACAUCUAUUUUCUUUUCUGGACAAAAAUAGUAGGAAAAAUUUGGCAAAAACAUGCCACAAGUUGCUAGAAGUGUUUCAGGAUCCUUUACUGUGGUGUUUGUUGAACUUCCAUUCUCCAGCGGAACUAAAGAAGGAUAAUUUUCUCCUGGGACCUGCUUUAAAAUACUUAUCCAUCUGCUGGUAUUCAGAGAGAGUCAAGGUGUGUAACAUUGAGGACUGGAUGAAAAACAAUUUCCAGAAAGACUUCUGUAACAGGCACGAAAACACUGUCAGUGAUUUUUUACUAGAAGUUUCCAACAGAUGUCCAAACCUGCUAUCUCUGACCCUCUCUGGAUGCGGCCACGUUACAGACGAUUGCAUCUUCCUCCUUCUCAAGAACUGCCCAAACCUCAGGACACUCAAACUGGAAAACUGUGUGCGGAUCACUGACCGGACACUGGAAGCAGUGACCCUCUAUGGGGGAUCAUUGCGAACGCUCCAUGUGGAUUUCUGCCGGAACAUAACACAAACUGGUCUAGAGAGAGUGAGGGAAAAAUGUCCUUUGGUAAUGCUGAGAGCAGAAAGAAGCGCUAACAUGAUUCCAGACAAUAAGCCGGGAAAAAAGUUGAUUCUUGAAAAAGCAUCAAGAAAACCCGUUCAGCUUUAAGUGCAACAAACUGUAUAAACGCAGCCAACAUGGGUAUCUUACUUCACUUCCACUCUCCUCUUGGGUAGCAUUGCUUUAAUGAACUGUGGCUACUUUCCUGCAUUCUGGUUUAAGUCCAAACAAAUGGUUGAUAACAUCUUGUAAAGCCUGCACUAGGCAAAGGCAUGCAUCUCCACCAGGACAGUCUUAAGGAAAAAACCCGUUUGCUUUCUGUUGUUCCUUGAAACCGGAAAACCCUGCAUUGCUGCCACAAAAUGCUAGACCUGAUUAAGGCUAAAAACGGCAAUUUUGAUACCCUUUGGUCGUGGAUGAGUGGAAUGCACCUCACUCAGAAGCAGCAAUAUGUUUUAUUGAAGUAAAAUAAUAAUUUGACAAGAGUUCAAUAAAUUCGAUGGAAUUUAAGAAAAGCGUAACAGUGAUUUGACAAGGUUCAGUAAGUUUGAUGGCAAGGUUCACCUUACUAAUUACUGCAUAGAAGAAACAUACAAAGGAAAAUGGACUUAGAAUAGAGUUAGAAUGAAUCUCACAGAGACCGGAGAGACGCAAAGAGUGAGGAAGACCUUCCCGUUGAGUCACGAGGUUCAGAGUGAACCCCCUUGUUUUCUAAACUGCUUUUGUAAUGGCAAAGGGCAUAAAGCUGCAGCAGACAGAGCUUAGGCAAUUGUAUGAUUUACACAAAUUUCAGGGGAAGAGUGAUUAACAAAUUUCUGUUAAAGGAUAUAUCCAUAUGGUCAUUCCAUCUGCUAAGGGUGAUAACCACGCCAUGUUAAGGUCUUCCUAGUGAAUGCAGAGCACCUGACAACCACCACUUCCUCUGAGAUUAACAUUUGUAGCUGAUUUGUCAGGCUUAUUUAUUAAAUGAGGGAUGCAUGGCAAUGCACGCAAAACAGUUCAACCCUCUGCAUAAUGUACUUUGACAAGAUACACCAAGUUAUUUUUUGAAGUCGACAUUAAAGGAAACGCAAUAUGAACAAAUGCUAGUUUACAUAACUAACCUACAGGAAAAGAGAGUGACUUACAACCUGUAGCUUUAAAUGCUAAAUUAGGAACACACGACAGUACAGAUCUCUAUAAGCACCCGUUUCUCACUGCAAAGUACAAAACAUACAGCUAUUUUCAUCCCAAACCACAAGGCUGUCACUUUCCUGCAUGCUGCUCUGCUACACCGAAGUGAAACAUUUUUUUUUGUGAAGGGUUGCUAUGGCAUAGUGUACAAAAUUUGACACCAAAGGUGGGCACAGUUUUAUUCUGCUGUGUAAAAUUUGCCUUGAUACAACACACUGGGAUUUGGACAUGGUAUUGAGUACUCGGGGCUGGUAACACCACAUUACAGGACUCUUUACGCACUUACAGAUUUUUGCCUGAGAAAAGGCAAACAUUUCUGAGUGCCACCUUACUGUGUCAACUGUACUGCAGUUACCUGUCAAAAGUUUUAUUUGUUGAGUCUGCCUCAGUGUGACAACACAGAAAAAUCACUGAUCAUCUAGUCUGAAUUAUUCAGGUUUUUGUUUGAACUACAGCAUGCUUUUUUCAAAAGCACCCCAUCUCAAACCCUUGACUCUACGUGGGAGUAUGUCCUCAAAUUCUGCUUUCUGUUAUUUUCCAUUUUGUUCAGCAAUUCUGACAGGAAUUCAGAAUUCUGACUCCUGGAGGGCACACCACAAUAUAUAAUCCUGCCCAUUCUUGCUUGACUCUGCAGCUGAACUUGGACUUACCUUAAAUCUCUCCCCCACUCAGUACAAUCCACUGAAGAGCUUUACGCUGACAAAGAAUGACAGAUGGUUAAAUCUGGCUAUCCAUAACUCGGUUUCCCCUAGAGGACCAGAUGUCAGUUCCGCUCAGACGUUAAGAGAAGGCUGCAUACAGAGCAGUUUGACAAACUCUAUGGAUCCUGCACCGUUCUAGCUUAAAUCACAAUGAAGCCUACAUCAGUUAAGAUUUCGUUUUAAAUUAAAACCUUACACAGAGUAGGAAUACCUGAGCGUGUGUGUCCUUGAAGCAAAUUUAGAAAUACCAGCUUUUGCAAAUACUGUUCUGUCCCAUAAAGAGAGUCAAGGCUUCUGUUCCAUUACAUAACAAUUACUCAAGACUUUGUCACUACAGCAAUCUAUGUGCGUACGCCAUAGCAAGCCUGUUCCCGCAUUUACGUGAGGGGCUCCACAAUUUCUGAUAAUUAAUCUUACUGCACUGGUAGGAGGAUGAACUGAUGAAAUUUGCUAGUUAAAAACACAUAAACUGGAACUUGCAUUGCUGGAAUUCAAGUAUAUCAAGACUAUCAUGGGUUUUAAAUAAUAUGAUAGCUUUGUUGCAUUUUAACAGUUUUAUCUACAGGUACAGCUUUGCAGACUUGCUACUUGUCUGCAUUUUCAUCCUUCAUGUAACGGGAAGACUACAAGAGCUAGCUUUUCCUCUAAGGAGUGGAAUUUGUGACUUCCUAAAUUGCUAUUUAACAAAUUAUUAAAGAUGUUUUCCUUUACAUUUAGAGAACAGCGUGACUGUAGUACCCCUCUAAAACAAAAAGAACGUGUGAAAAACUACUGUUGCGGUAAAGCAGACCUUCUCCCCCUCUCAUUGGCAUCUAAACUGUAGAAAAAAGUUCUGAAGUUAGGCCUCCAUUACUGAGGAAUAACUGGUUUGACUUUCCAGUUUCUCGCUGUAUUCUUUUUACAAUACUGUUGCUCCUUUUAUUAAAGCUAUGGGGAGAAAAAUGCUUGGA